AUGCAUCGUCUUUUUGCUGAGCUGGAGCCAUCUUUAACCGUCACAGAGCAAAACCUGGCAGACCGAGUUCGGUAUAUCUUGCGCUCAAAUAUAUUUGAUGUCACCGAACUCGAACGGCUACGACGUGAGGCAUUUCCCUCGUCGGAUGAGAAUGCUACGGCUGAGGAUGCGGCGCCACAAAUGGUAGAGCAACCCGCAAACGUGGAUGCCGCCGUGAAUACCCCAGUUGUGGUUGAUUCAAACGAUGAUGGAACAGUCGCCCAGGAACUGGAAUUAGAGCAUAUGAGGAGUACAUUGGAAGAGGCGAUUGUGGAAACGCGCAGUACGCCUCUCGAAAAUCGACCGCGACUUCCCCGCAUAGCCCCAAGCAAGCGGAAUCGGGCUGUCGUGAGGGCUCUGAACCCAAUGCUGGUGACCUAUUUGGAAGCCAGCCGGGACCUUUGCGAGACGGACUCAAUUGUUUUUGGCGCCGCGCUGGCAGUCUGCCGUAUCAUAGGCGCCAAGGUUUCCACGGCUGGACGCGCUACUGGCCAUAGUAGCGCUAUCCCAGCACGGAGAAGAAGAAUUGAGGAACGUAUCGCAUAG